CCGCUUCGACAAAAAAACCGUCACACUAUAAAUGAGAUUAAUUUCCUCCACCGUGAAAACACAUCCCAUACAACAGUGACCGACUACGAGCCUUCGCGAAAUGUGCCACCGAGUGUUGUCUCUGUGCGGUUUCCUGCUGCUAGGCUUACAGUGUGGUUGGCAGACGCUAGCCGAGGACUGUAUGGACAUAAAGAUUUUCACCACAAAGGUUGCUUCCUGCUGUCAGCUGGAAGAAUUCCUAACUCUAAAGACGUACGGCAAUUGUUUGAACACUAUGGCCGAAAAGUAUCCCAAUUCAACUCUGGAUUAUUUGGUUUGUGGACUCGAUUGUACGUAUCGGGAGAUGGGUAUACUGACGGGUGUGGAUGACAUUAACGUGGAACAGAUCAGCACUAACCAAGCGGUGUACGGUGAGGCGUACCAGGAGGCGAUUGGCAAAGCCGUCGAUGCCUGUCUGGCACAGAGGGAUGAGUUUCGCGAGCAAGAGAAAUUUACCAAGUCGGAGUGUGUAAACAUCCGAAACAAUUUCCACCUUCCAAAAAGCAAUCGGAACUGCCGUACUGCUGCCAGACGGAACCACUCAUCCCGGAACACGUGUCGACGAAAUUGCUACCAGCAGUGCAUUUACGAGGAGCUGGAAGCUGUGGAUGGGUUGGAGAUACGGGUGGAAAAGCUGUACGCACUGGCGGAAGGAUUUCCCGCCGAUUAUCGGCACGCCGUCCAUCUGGCGAUCGAUGAGUGUGUCAAAAGACUUCGCAAGACAAGGCAUAUGUUCGAACAGAUGAACGCACAGUGCUCGCUGUUUGGCUUUGCAGUGGAUCGUUGUGUGCGUUUGCUGAUCUACGAAAACUGUCCCACCGCACGGUGGAGUGCUUCCGUUGCCUGCACUAAGAGCCGACAGGGUGUACCGUUUUGUUGA